AUGCAACAGGAGGCUUUAGCUAGACAACAAGCAGCCCAGAUGCAAGCAGCGCAAGCAAAUCGAGCGGGACAAGGAUCAGGACAAGGACCACGCCAUCAACAUCUACAUCCGCAUCGACCAAGUGCAAUCAAAGAAGAGGCAGGGAUUCAACUUCAUGACGAGGCCGAUUUAAUAACGUAUCGCAAUGAUGCUUUAAUCAGAUACAUGUCAAAUCAUGAAUACAUUGAAAACGUCACUGCUAAACCCAUUCACAGUUCGAAAAUUAUUCCUCCUUCAUUAUACCCAACUUUACCGAAACGUAAUGUCGAAGAUUAUGCCAAUGUGAAUGCGGAAGAAAUUUUCUAUGGAGAUAUACAAUAUAUGAAACAUUUUGAUGAACAAUUGGUCAAGAGUUUGGAAGUUAUGAAACAAGAAGAUGAUCCUGGGUAUGUGAAGUAUUUGUUUAAUACGGAUAACUACCCUUAUCGAAGAGCCAAAUUCUCUAAAUUAUCUGAGUUGCAACAAGAAUUGAAUGAUAAAGAUUCAGUUGCACAACUUGAACGGGAAUAUGAGUCAAUUAUGAAAGAGUCUCGAGAAAAGUAUCAUCAAGAGUAUAAGUUUCAGUCAGGCACUAAAGUGUAUUCUAUUCCGUUGAAGAGUUUGGCCUCUGAUGUCGAAGUGAAACGGGCACCUGAUGAUUACAAUCCAAAAGAUUUUGAUCAGAUUGCCGAAUCACCAAAGCAACAGCAACAACAGGAGCAACAACAAGAAUCACGGUCACCCCGACAGCAAGUUGUAUCUAAUGCUGGCAACAACCUAAACGAAGCACCACCUGCAAUUGAUGACGGCAAUGGUUUUAAUUCAAAUAAUAUCGAUUUGGACCUUGAUGAUAAUGCCAACGAUAUGUUUCAAUUUGUAAAUGAUGAUGAAAACGGUGAUGAUUUCGGCAAUAUCGCAUCACCUAUUAUAAGUGGAAAUGAAGCCCAUGUGGCUGCACAAGCUCAAACUCAACCAUCACAUUCUCAACCACCACCACCACAACAACAACAACAACAACAACAACAACAAAAUGCAUUGAAACUGCAGGAUGACAAAGACAACUCCAGUACUCAAAUGCCUCAAGAUAUGGUAAUGACUGCAGAAUCAAGUUCAAAUAAUGACAACAUACGACUGGACACUAAUGGUCUCGACACUGAUGAACAAUCGCUACAACAAUCACAACAACAAUCGUCUAAUCAUGACGAACAAAUGGAAAACAAUGAUGUUGGUGUUGGCGAUGAUGACCAGCUCAACAAUGCCAUGGUUGCUGAAAUUAACGACUUGUUCAGUGACAGUCAUCAUGGUCACGAUCAUGACCAUGACAUGGACCACCUGGCUAUUGUUAAUGAUGAUAUUGGAGAUCUUUAUAAUUUUGGCCAAGGUGAUAACGGUGAUCUAUUGGGUGGAUCAGAGUUUGAGCAAGAUUUCCUUAGUCAGAUUAAUCACAGCAUUGAAUGA